GAGGAGCGGGACCAGCGCGAGAGUCCGGGCCGCGAGCGCAGAGCGGGACCUCUCGGCCGUAGCCAGAAUGCCAGGACUAAGCUGCAGAUUCUACCAGCAUAAAUUUCCAGAGGUGGAAGAUGUAGUGAUGGUCAAUGUUCGGUCCAUUGCUGAAAUGGGAGCCUAUGUCAGCCUGCUGGAGUACAACAACAUUGAAGGCAUGAUUCUUCUCAGUGAGCUAUCCAGAAGACGUAUUCGUUCCAUAAACAAACUCAUCCGCAUCGGGAGAAACGAAUGUGUCGUGGUCAUAAGAGUUGACAAAGAGAAAGGUUAUAUUGAUUUGUCAAAAAGAAGAGUUUCUCCAGAGGAGGCAAUCAAAUGCGAAGACAAAUUCACAAAAUCGAAGACUGUUUACAGCAUCCUUCGUCAUGUUGCUGAAGUCUUGGAGUACACUAAGGAUGAGCAGCUUGAGAGUCUGUUCCAGAGAACUGCCUGGGUAUUUGAUGACAAGUACAAAAGACCGGGAUAUGGUGCUUAUGAUGCAUUCAAGCAUGCAGUCUCAGACCCUGCAAUCCUGGAUAGCCUAGAUCUGACAGAGGAAGAGAGGCGUGUAUUGAUUGACAAUAUUAACAGACGUCUGACACCACAAGCAGUCAAAAUCCGAGCUGAUAUUGAGGUUGCCUGUUAUGGUUAUGAAGGCAUAGAUGCAGUAAAAGAAGCUCUGAGAGCAGGCUUGAACUGUUCCACAGAGAACAUGCCCAUUAAAAUUAAUCUGAUAGCCCCUCCUCGUUAUGUGAUGACUACAACAACACUGGAGAGAACUGAAGGAUUGUCUGUUCUAAAUCAAGCCAUGGCUGUAAUUAAAGAAAAAAUUGAGGAGAAGAGAGGUGUCUUUAAUGUGCAGAUGGAGCCUAAGGUGGUUACUGACACAGAUGAGACUGAGCUUGCAAGGCAGUUGGAAAGACUGGAGAGGGAAAAUGCUGAAGUGGAUGGGGACGAUGAUGCUGAGGAAAUGGAAGCCAAAACUGAAGACUAAAUAUUCUGGGAUAUUUAGAAGAGAAAGACCAUAUG